UGUUUUUGGUUUUUAGUCAAGGUUGAUUUGAAAGAAAGAGCCCUUAACAGCCCUUAACUUGACUGCCAUAUCUCGUCUCAAGAAAACUUGGGCAAAAGUGCAGACGACUAAAUUCGAGGGCUUGGAACAUCAAAUGGAUCCCAGCUCGAACUUCCUCAACUAUCGGUCGACCAUGAAGGCAGCCGUCUGGCGCUCGGAGCGGGAGAAGGCCAACAAAAUCGAGCGUGCCAUCAUACCGUUCUUCUCGCUGUUCCUCAAGGACCUCCAUGCCAUAAACGAAAGCCACGAAACAAAAUUGGCCGACGGAACCAUUAACUUUGAGAAGUGCCGACUCUUUGGCACCCAAUUGAGCAACUUUUUCAAGUGGCAACGGCUGGACUGUCCCUACGAGCAGGUGGCAAACGUGGUGGCCUAUUUGCAGAAGGCGGAAGCCCUGUCGGAGAAUCUACUGAUGAAGGCCUCCUACGAAUGCGAGCCGCCGGACAAUGCCGAGGAGAAGGAUCAUUACAAAACGCUGAAAUCUACAAAGAAAUCGAACACCUAAUCAUUGACGACAAUCCGCGGGGAAAGACAGGAA